CCACCACUGCUGUCGUCCUCUCGCGUCUCGUGACAGCGGCUAACGUUGUAGUAGUCAGCUGAUAGCACCUCAACCGUCUCUGUUUAUAAAAGCCAUGUUAUUUAGCUAGUUUAAAGACACGAAAAUAUUUGCGAAUUAAUCUCAACGAGCCCUGAAGAUGUUGUCUCGUCUGCUGAAGGAGCACCAGGCGAAGCAAAAUGAGCGGAAGGAGCAGCAGGAGAGACGGCGGCGUGAAGCUAUUGCUGCAGCCACCUGCCUGACAGAAGCCCUGGUAGAUCACCUCAAUGUUGGAGUUGCGCAGGCAUAUGUGAACCAACGUAAGCUCGAUCACGAGGUGAAGACUCUCCAAGUGCAGGCGAGCCAGUUCUCCAAGCAGACUGCUCAGUGGAUCAGUAUGGUGGAGGGUUUCAAUCAGGCCCUAAAGGAAAUUGGGGAUGUGGAAAACUGGGCCCGCAGUAUUGAGAUGGACAUGAGGACCAUAGCCACAGCUCUGGAGUACGUGCACAAGGGUCAACUUCAGUCUGCUUCCUCAUAAACUUCACGGUGGGACAUUCACAGCUGAAACUGAACACACUGGAAUGAAACAGAAUUCCAAUUGACUCCAGUCAGCACGAUGCAAACAGCAGUGACUUUGCUUGUCUGCAUGCUCCUUUUAGUGGGCUAAUGCAGAUUGGUUACUGUGUUCAGAGAAAUGUCAAAGUCUGAAAUGGCUCUAACAUCUGUUUAGCACUGAAUUAAAUUCAAUCUGUAAUUGGGGGGGAAAGAAAGCUAUGUGAGUUUGGAAUUUUGAAAGUGCCACAUGUAAAAACUCAGUUCACCUGCUUGUUGUAUGUUUAAGGGGUCUCCUAAAAUUAUGAUCCCUAAAUUAUGUAUGUAUUUGGUUGUGUAUUUUAUGUCAAUGUAAAGUGAGAACUUCACUGCUUUUGUCGGACAACUUUUGUUACCAUUUAGAGAUGGAACGGUAUUUUUAAUAAACGUAACACACUAUUGUUUU